UCUGUUGCUUCAUCUGGUGCAGUUUGCAGAAAAUAUCCGAAACCAAUACAGAGAAUCGAAAUAAGUUGAAGUGUCCGCACACUGCUGGCAGAACACCUUUUGCUCUAAUUCACGAGGCUGAAAUGGAGAGAAUACAAUCAACUCAGGAAAGUGAAGAUGGCAGUCAUUCAGUUGACGCUUUUGCAUCAGUCAUGGGAUUUGAACAUCCAGGUCGCGUGAGAUUGUAUGGACGAGGGGUUACCAAGACUUUGUUAAAAGGGCGAAAAGGGAAUCUUGGAUCUUCUUUAGAUGCUGAUGAGAGGAUGCAACAGAAAAUAGAGGAAAUGGAAGAGAGGAUGCAACAAAGAAUGCAUGAAAAGUUGAACGAACAAAAGGAUGCUAUGGAACAAAAUAUUACAAUGAACGUCAUUGCACGACUUCAGCGUCUGAACCCAGAUCUGCGACUUGAUCCUGACAUGUUAAGGUUCAGUGCACGUUCACCUGUAGAUGCUUCCUCUGCACAACAAGCUGCUGUUCAACUAAACAGUCGACCAACUGCUGGUAGUAACAAUCAAGGUCAGUACGUACCAAAUGUUAUACAUCUUCUUCUAUUUCUUCUCCUCCUUCCUUGCUUGGGAUUUUGCUUUGGUUCAAGGAAGAGUGGAUAUGGUAAUAUCCUUUUUUCUAUUUAGUAGGAGUAUAUGAUUUCUUAAGUGCCAAGCGGUCUCCUAUGUAUAGUAAUAAUACCUGAAUAAUACUGGCAGUUCUAUGAUAGUUGAACUUUGAGAAUUUAAAAUUAGAAUAGAUAGACAGGUUGAUUGGACCAAGUCGGCCAUCUUUCGUUCUAUUACCAUGAAUUGGACCAAGUUCUAUUACCAACUCCUAAGCCAAUCUCAAUUUCUGAAAGCUGUAAAGAAAAAUAAUGAAUUGCAAAAUCGUUAAGAAAUUGGAUAAGACUAAUGUUUCUAUCUUAAAACAGUCUUUGCUUAGAGCUUUCUUUUACUUAUUCAAUGCUAGAGUAAUAUGCAAACUAGUAUGGUUUGUUAACAGUGUUUUGCAGUAAUUUCUUCCACCAUAAGAUGUUUUCUCGUUGUCACUUAUUCUAGAGUUGAGGAUGACUUUCUUCCAAUUUGGGACUAAAAUAUCACGAAACAGCUCAAGGUUUACCGUUCGAAGUCGAUGCUACUUGAUGUGCUAACUAACUUAUUAUUUAAAAAAGAGAACAAAGUAUAAGGACGGAAACAGUCCAACAGUUCAUUUUAUUUGGAAUAGCAUUUUUUCUAUAAUAAGAAUUUUAAACUCUAGUUUCCAUAAUACAAACUCUAGUUCCUUAUACUUUGUUCUCUUUUAAAUAAUCAGCUAUUGACUUUGUAUUUUAAUACUGCCAAAUUGUUUGAUAUAAAAUUCUUAGUCCUCACUAACCUUGCCCCGUCUCGUCAUUGCCUUUCUAAGCAAAAUUGUUAGGUAAUAUUAUCUAUUGUUAAACUUGAAUUGUGGUUAUUUGUGAGUUAGGCAAAAUUGGCAGAUUUGAAUUGUGCACUGUUGCACUCGUUAAACUUGAAUUGUGCAUCGUUGCACUCGUUAUUUGUGAGUUGGGCGAAAGUUUGUCACACAGUGAUGAUUAUUUAGUGUUGCUGGCUUGCUUAUUUGAUUAUUUAGUCUUGCUGGCUUGCUGCCUUUUGUUACGCAGAAUUGCAGAUUAUUUAGUGAUGCUGCGGUGGUGCCUUACACGCCUUUUGUUAGGCAUGGAAUUGGCAGAUUUGAUUAUUUAGUGCUGCUGCCUUUUGCUUAAUGCUUAGGCUCUUAGCACUUAGCAAUACGUGACACAUAAAUAUGUAUUAAUAGUUGUGUAUAGUUUGUUGAGAAGGGCUUUGGUAGAGAAACUGAAUGAUAAUGUUGUGUAUAAUUUGUUGAGAUGAAUAUAUUGGAUUAAUAAAAGAAGAACGAAAACAGUUAAAUGCUUGAGUAUUCUUAGACCGGAUUCUCUUGAGGGGUAAUAACUUUAUUUUUCCUC